AUGCGGAAAAUCGAGGUGUCAGAUGAUGAGGAAUUAGGGGCAUUGGAAGACAAGACGGAAGCUCUCACCCUCCACUCCAAACGUACGGAAAGGGCCCGGAAAAAACAGGCGAAAAAGGUCAAGAGUACAAAGUCUCAGUCGCAAAAUCUCUUGGACCUGCCCUAUGAGCUCGUAUUAGAUAUAUUGGCACUGCUUCAACCUAGCGACAUCUUCAACCUUCAGCGAGUUAGCCGAGCUUUUCGUGAUUUCAUCGUGCAGGAUGAACGUCGGAUCGCGAGAUCCAUCACAAGUUGGCGUUACGUCUGCCUGGAGAAAUGCUUCCGACUUCCAAUUCUUAUGGAAGAUAUUGACCCCAGCAUCCAACCAUAUGUUCAGAGCCCUAAUCGACAGGAGCUCCUGACCAUCCAUAAGAAGCCGUACCAGCACGUUCAGCCUCCGGAUCCCACAGAAAUCUGCACGUGCUUAACCUGUUUACUUCGAUGGUCAUCUCUCUGUUUAAUUCCCGACUUCGCCCACUGGCAGAAAAAUCUGGAUGUUGGGGAACCUAUUCCCAUGAUCCCUAGAGGAUCUCAUCCUAAAUGGAACCAGACCUUGAUAGCUUCGAACGCGGAUAUCGUACGCAAGGCUUUGCGUAGUCCUCUCUGGCACGCCCGCCUAUUUGAAGCUCACUUAGACUCGACGACAAGGUCCAUACGUCGGCAAUCCGCAAAUAAAGGCAACAAACGACGACGUUUCCGUAUGGAAAAAGAAGACAUGGAGUCGGGUUCGGAUUUGUUCCUGGAAAGGAGCGGGCCCCCCAGCUUCGACUUUCCAUUCCACAGGGACAAUUAUUACAUGCUGGAAGCAUAUCUCCCAAAUAGGGGUUGGAAUGUCGAACAAGAAAGGUGGAUGUAUAUGCCAGCUGAGCAACACGACAUAGACAUCCGAUACAUCGUUAGUUGGGCCGAGAGGCGGCUUAACCUAAGAUAA